UGAUUUUGUAACUAAAUUUACUAGAAUGGAGUUGCAUAUACCAGACUUUGAAUCUUACCAUUACUUUUUUAUAAUAGCCGUGCUAUUGCUUUCAGUUUUAUAUGUAUACGAUAUUGUAAACGAUAAAAAAUGCUGUCAACCAAAACGUAAUGAAGAAUUUACUUUUAGCACGUACGAUUAUAGUGAAAGCAAUGGGCCUUCAUUUUGGAGCAAAAUAUUUACAGCAGCAGAAGGUAAACAACAAUCUCCAAUAAACCUUUUAGAGACAUCAGUGAAAGUAGUAUCAUUUGAAUCGACAGUACCGUUAUUAUUUUCCAAGGAAUUUAAUAUAGUUCCGUCAGAAAUGAAAGUUUAUAAUAAUAGUCAUAACAUUGUGCUCUAUGGAACAUGGGCAAACAACAGAAGACCUUCGUUAGUUGGAGGACCUCUAACAACCGAUUACUGUUUUGUAAAUUUACGUUUUCGUUGGGGACCCAACGACUAUGAAGGAUCAGAACAUAUGAUUAACUUUUCUAGGUUUUCUAUGGAACUACAAGCGGCAUUUAUUAAAAGUAAUACAGUUCAAGAAGAUAUUUUAACAGCUGCAAAAAAUCAUAAUCUUUUAAUAUUAAGUUACGUUUUUAUGGUAACUUCAACAGACAAUCCUUACUUAGAACCUAUUAUUAACGCCAUUGAGUAUCUUAAAUUACCUAUGAGUUGUUUAUGUAUUGAACCAGUUACUUUGUCAUUAUUAAUGCCAGUAUUUGAACGGGACUAUUUCUGUUAUGUGGGAUCACUUACGUUUCCGCCUUGUACGGAGGGUGUAAUGUGGAUAGUCAAACCUGAACCAUUGAUGAUAUCGUCGCAACAGGUAAAGCAAUUUAGAAAAGUUUGUGGAUACAAUGGUAGAAUAAAGAAUAACACACGACCAGUCCAACCAAUCAAUGGUCGAGAGGUACUCUAUUACGAUUGAUUUAUUUAUAUAAAUAUAUAACUGUAAAUUUUAUUUAGAAU